AUGAAGCCAACCGCAAAGUUAUGGCUAGAAGAGAAAAAACGAAGAUUAAACUCCCUUCCUGUAGAGGAGGAAAUACGAAUGCGUAAAAUAAAAGAAAGGCUGAAUCCCACUACAACUCGUGUCUCAGUCACCACCGGUAGUGUAGGAACAUGGAGUAAUCCUUCAACACCUGUUUCCGAUACCGCUUCCGGUCUGUUAAGCCAAAACGUUGCCUUACUCGCAUAUAUUGACGAUCUUGAAGAAAAGUAUUAUCAGAGUGAGAAACAACGGGAAAAACAUUCUCACAAGUUGCAGGAACUAUCAGAGGAACAUGAUCUCCUUGUAAAAGAAAUGAUUUCCUUGAUGCUGGAUAGACACAAAGACGAGAUACUACUAACGGAGAAGCGAUUUAGAGAUAAAGUUAUGCUACAGGAGAGUGAUGCCCGUGUGGAUCUCGCCAUAACAGCAGCUCACCUCUUUACUCAAGCUCAUUUCGUAUCUUCACAUCAAAGCAACGUAAUAAAACGACAAGUAAAAAGCAUUAGUCAAGCAAAAGAGUUUUUCGCUUAA